CUGACUCCGCGGAGAACUCGCGCAUUUCGACAGAGCGCCCCUCGGGAUCCGGUCUUUGCCUUUUCACCGACAUGCCAUCCAUCAUACAGGAGGCUUCCAGUCAACCAGAACUCGCGUCUAGCGUCCCGCAUUCUCUGCUGCCUUUUCUUCAGUCUCAACCACAAAAUACCCUCGCACGACUAUACCAACGACCUUCGUCAUGUCUUUCUAUCUUCCGAUUGCUUGGGCCCCUCGAGCGUCAGAUUGUUAUGAAUCUUUUGUGGCUUGAGUCCGCUGUUCCAGUGUCGACUAUGGGCGCUUGGGUCGUCCGUGAACACCAGAAGAUCUACGAGGCCGCAUUAGAAACGCUGGGAAAAUUGCAUAUCGUCCCUACGUCCCCGGUAAAAUUGGCUGUACAUCCGACAUUCAAGUCAAGCUUACGACAGGCCCUAACCGGAGGGGGCACGCAAGGGAGUUUUGGGAUACCAGCCGAACCAGAUGGCAAGCAGCAGGCGCCUGAUGUAGGAAAACUCGACGGAUACGCGCUCGAGCGGUGGGAGACGAUUCUCCACUUCAUGGUGUCCUCCGGCACAGGGCAGGAGUCCGCACAACCAGCUGCCGGCGUCACGUACUUGUUGAAGGAGAGCGGCCUGAUGGAGAGCCGAGGGGGAACGCUGCGCAUUACUUCGGCUGGGUUCCAGUUUCUUCUUUUGACGCCUCACGCCCAGCUUUGGGAGCUCUUGAUACACUAUCUGCGUUUGCAAGAGGCCAAUAAUAUCGAUCUCGUCGAGGUCCUCAGCUUCCUCUUCAUGGUCUCGACAACGGAAUUGGGCAAGGAGUACUCGACGGAGAACCUGAGCACCAGUCAGCUAGUCGUGAUGGACGACCUGCGUCACUACGGUCUGUUGUGGCAGCGGAAGAAGAAUUAUCCUCGGUUCAGCCCCACGAGACUAGCGACCACCCUCACCUCCUCCGCGCCCCCGUUACCCACAUCCUCCGGCCCAACGUCAGGCCCCAAAGAGGGCUUCAUCGUCCUUGAAACGAAUUACAGGGUGUAUGCAUACACAGACAACGCGCUCCAGACGGCCGUCCUGAAUUUGUUCAUCACGCCAAAGUAUAGGUUUCCCAACCUCGUCGUCGGAUCGAUCACGCGCGAGAGCGUCAAGCGGGCGAUGUCCAAUGGCAUUACAGCCGACCAGAUUAUCAGCUACCUGAUUACUCACGCGCACCCCCAAAUGCACAAAAAUAACCCUCUGCUACCUGUCACCGUCCAGGACCAAAUCCGACUCUGGGAGCUCGAGCGCAACCGCACGAAAUCACAGGAGGGGUUCUUGUACACGGAGUUCGCGUCGCAGGCGGACUACGAGUACGUCCUCAAUUAUGCGAAGCAGCUGGGGGUCGUGCUGUGGGAGAACCACGCGAAGCGCUGCUUCUUCGCCGCGCAGGAAGGUCACGCGAACAUCAAGUCGUUCAUUGAACGCAAGCGGGCUGGCAUGUAGAUACCAUUAUACUUUUGUGAUGUCCAUAGCCGCGGGGUUCUCGGUCGGAAGACUCGACUAAUAAGCGUUGGUGCCAGGACAAGGAA